GGAAGGUUUUUCUGGGUUUUAGAUCUUCCACAAGAGGGUAGAGGAUGGGAUUGGAGAAGGAGGUGGUGCUGGGCCUGGUGUAGAAAAAUGUGGGGGGUGAGUGGCGUGGAACUUGGGGUUAUGAAUUGUCGAGGUUCAUUUCCUCAAAACGUCUCCUCCGCCACUGUCGUCGAAUGCCGAUCCCGGUCACGAUAGGCAUUCGAUUCCUUCUCCAUUGCCUCCGAGGCGUUCUUCGACCAACGUCAUCGCUUCCUUUCCAUCGGGGCCAACCCGGUGAUCGCUUUGAUCGACUGCUGAAUCCCUUCCUCUCCACACUCCGCACAUUCAACAAAAUUUUCAAAAAAUACAUAUUUUUCCUUGUCUUCUUUGUAGCUGUUUGGUUCUUAGAAGGUAUAACUUCUGAAUCUGAACCCGUAAUGUUAGCGGAGACCGAAGAUUUGGGUGUAUAUAAUAACACUCCUCCUGCUCCCGAUACCGGAGUAGUAGAAAGAGAUCCAACCGGUCGCUAUGUACGGUAUGAUGAAGUGCUGGGUAAGGGAGCAUUUAAGACUGUUUAUAGGGCAUUUGAUGAAGUUGAUGGGAUAGAAGUUGCUUGGAACCGAGUAAAGAUUGAUGAUGUCUUGCAGUCACAGGAAGAUUUGGAAAAAUUGUACUCUGAAGUUCAUCUUUUAAGAUCAGUGAAACAUGAAAACAUCAUCAAGUUCUACACUUCUUGGAUAGAUGAGAAGAAGAAAACAGUUAACAUGAUCACUGAGCUAUUCACAUCUGGGAGUCUCAGAAUGUACCGUAAGAAGCAUAAAAAUGUUGAUAUGAAGGCAGUAAAAAACUGGGGAAGACAGAUUCUUCGAGGAUUAGUUCAUCUUCACUCUCACACACCACCUAUUAUUCAUCGCGACUUAAAGUGUGACAAUAUCUUUGUUAAUGGACAUAAUGGAGAAAUCAAAAUUGGGGACCUUGGCUUGGCAACUGUAAUGCAGCAGCCUACUGCUCGGAGUGUUAUUGGAACUCCUGAAUUUAUGGCCCCAGAGCUUUAUGAAGAGGAAUACAAUGAACUCGUGGAUGUGUAUUCUUUUGGAUUGUGCAUGUUAGAGAUGGUCACAUGUGAGUAUCCAUACAAUGAGUGCAAGAAUCCUGCUCAGAUUUAUAAGAAGGUUAUAUCUGGUAUUAAACCUGCUUCCCUUAGUAAGGUGGGUGAUCCACAAAUAAAGGAGUUCAUCAAGAAAUGUCUUCUGCCAGCAUCUGAGAGAUUGUCUGCAAAGGAGCUCCUGAAUGACCCUUUCCUUCAAGUAGAGAAUCCAAAUCCAAAGGAACCAAUCCGUGAUCCAGUGAAGCUACCUAAAAUCACUACCAAAUCAAUAACUUUACCUGUAUCUUCUGGGCCUUUGUCCAUGGAGAUCGAUACUGACUAUAAGAAGCUUUCUUUAAGCACAAAUACUGAAAGCACCAAUGGGAGUCCAUAUUGUCCAGUUCUAAAGUUUCAAAGGACACAUAAGAACAACAAAUUUGGGUUGAAAGGGAUGAAAAAUGAUGACAAUUCAGUAUCAUUAACCUUGCGAAUUGCUGAUUCAUGUGGUCGAGUAAGAAACAUACAUUUUCUCUUUUACCUUGACACUGAUACGGCACUCUCAGUGGCUGCUGAGAUGGUUGAACAAUUAGAGUUGGCAGAGCAUGAUGUAGCCUUCAUAGCCGAUUUAAUUGAUUACUUGAUAAUGAAACUUUUACCUGAAUGGAAGCCGUCCUCUGAUUAUUCCUCAAGUGAAGCAAUAAGUCCCAUUGGCGAAUCCCCAGUUUUAGGAAACUGCCAAACUUUUGCGGCAAACCAGUGGGAUUCAGUGCUAGCUGUGGCUAAGAAAGAUGUUACCUCUGGACUAAAUACAAAUCCUAAAGAUGGUUCUCAUGGCGUUUAUCAUUCAACCCCAAGUUUGGCUAAUUUGGAAGAUCAUGAAUCAGAAAUAUCAAUGGUCUCCGAGAUUUUGAUUGAGGAUGCUUCCUCAAAAACCUAUAUGGUAUCUGAAGCUACUGAUGGAAGUUACAAAGGCUUAAGUGGAUAUCACUCUGAGCUAGAACUUGGGCAUUCAUAUUCUAAUGAGUUCAACUCAAGAAAUGAUAGCGGUGCUGAAGAAUGCAUGCUGUUAAAUGAAUUUGCAAAGAAUACGGAGAUUUCAUUCCCAAAUUUGAAUUGCAUAUCAAAUGAUAUGAGCUUGAACAGCAGCUGCUCAUCUCUGUCCCUGAUGGACAAAGAUCUUGAUGAUGAGCUAAGGUUGGAACUGGAAGGGAUUGAGGCACAGUAUCAGCGAUGGUUUCAAGAGCUUUCCAGGAUGAGGGAGGAGGCAUUGGAUGCGACUAGAAAGAGAUGGAUGGCUAAGAAGAAACUGGGUGUUCACUGACAUCAUUUUCUUCUUUUUGUUUAUUUGAUUGCUGUCUAUAACAUCCAUUCAUUUUCGUCGUUCCUUGAAAGGGCUCCCAUACUAAUCACCUGAAACCUUCUGUAGCGGAUGCGGCACCUUGUUUUUCUAGGAGUCGUGAUCCCUUUGGAUUUAAUUGUGUUUGUGCACCUUCUUUGUUUACUUUUCUUGGGAAUACCAUGUACAUAAUUUUCCAUAGUAACAGACAGUUAAUCCUCCUCUACGCUUUCAUGCUUUGUGAUUCUAGUUGCCGGUAGACAAGCAGAAAAAAUAAACUUACCCAGUUUUA